GUCAAAAACUAUGAAGCAGGUUUAACAUGGAAUAAAAGUCCGGCUGGUCGAAACGGGAAAGCAGUCAAGCACAGUAGCGAAGAAAUAAAAAAGUUCGAAUAUAUAUUCUUUGCCUGGUAAAAAAUUGAGGAGCAAUCAGAGUUGCUUUGUUAUCCAAAGAGGCAGGUGAGCAGAAAGAAAAAAAGUAGGAAGGAGUUGCGGAUGGGAAGAUCGCCGAGCUUCUGUUUCAGUAUCAGGGCGUGCGCCGGCAACGCCGAUGAGGGCGAUUUCUCGACGCUGCAGGAGGUUAAAGCAUCACCAGAGAAGCGUAGGUGGAGUUUCCGGAAGAAACAUGCUAGGCAUCAUGUACCAAGUAACACUGUGAUUUCAGAACCUAUGCCCAUUUUCAGUGAAAAUCAGAACAGAGAAGCAAAUGCUGAUACUCUUUAUUCAGAGAAGGCUCCAUCUAACCCAGAGAAAGUGUGCAUUGUGGAACGAACAAGUCAAACUCUGUCAUUGCCGUCAGCUGUGGUUUCUUCCAGUUCACCCAUGGAAUUAACCAGUUCAUCUACUGUCUUAGUAGAGUACAACAUUCCAGAACAUGUUGUUAUUGUUAUCCAGACUUCUAUUCGGAGAUGUUUGGCUCAAAACGAGUUCCAGAAAAUUAAGAAUGUUGUGAAGAUUCAGGCUGCUGCACGUGGUUAUUUGGUAAGAAGACAGGCUGCAGGAACCUUGCGUUGUAUUCAGGCCAUCGUCAAAAUGCAAGCACUUGUGCGGGCUCGACAUUCAUUUCAAUCUGCAGAGUUAACUGAGAAAAAUAAACUUGAUAAGUACAUACGAGCUGAUGUGGUUAAGCAGUCUGAUGUGGAACUAAAUAAAGCACCAUCUACAAUCAGGAAGUUGGUUUCCAGUGCAUAUGCUUGUCAGCUUUUAAAGUCUACACCAAGGGCCAAGUCCAUUCGCAUUAGUUGCGAUCCCCUGAGGCCUGAUUCUUCAUGGAAUUGGUUGGAGAGGUGGAUGGCUCUAACAUCAAUUGAUCGACAGAAGUUCGUUUUGAACCAGGAUAAUCUGGAAAAAAAUAUGAAGAAUGACUUGGCUGCUUAUGAUGUUAAUGUUGGGUUGCAUGUUAUUUCUCAACACGCAUUACCUGAUUCAGAAUUAGCUGUUAAUUCGCCAGAAGUGCCAGAGGUUGAAGGGAACCUGAUAACUAAGAGUUCUAAGGCAGAACUUUUGGUUAUUGCAUCUGCUUCAGAUCAAUUAGCUACUCCUGUUCAGGAUAAUGAACUGCAGUCUCAUGUUCAAGAGACUGAUGCUAUGGAAAACAACAAAGACUGGUCUAAAAGAGAAGCUAAAGUGAUUUCAGAAGGCAGUUUACAAUUGAAACUUGAUGGUAAUCCAAGUAAACCUAAUAAUAAUGAAGAUAACUUUAAGAAUGGUGCCAGAAAUGAACUUGAUGAUGUUGAAGAAAAUGGAGGCAAGGUUGUUAAUACAUUCGGGAAGUCAAAGAAUACUACUUUUGCGGCAGUACAGGCGAAGUUUGAAGAACUGAGUUCUGCGCCUGAUUCUAAUAGAUUUAUGGACUAUGCCUCGAGUGAUGCUGUUAGUGUAUCAAAAUCAGCUCAUUCUCAAGUGGUCUUCAUAUCCAAAGAACUUAAUGAGAGAAAAUCUGUUUACUCCAUGGUGGAUAAGGAUGUUAACCUGAAUGAGAAACUAUCUAGCUAUAGUCCAAAAGACCAAGUUGCUGCUUCAGCGUAUGAAACUGAGAUUUAUGUUUCUUCACUUGACAUAUCGGAAGAUUCUCUUGCUAAAAUUACUCCGGAACUCAGAACUUCAGAUGAACUAAACCAUGGUGUAGUAACUUUUGCCAAUGGUUCAGUGAAACUUGAUGAAACCAAAGUUGAAACAAAGAAAACGGAAGAGAGCAGCAAAAACGUGGCCAUCUCAGUUUCUUCUGUUGAAGUAGUGCAAGUGGAGGAAGACUGCAAAGAUACAUAUGUUGAUAAACCAUCACCAUAUAGAUCUCCUAAAAGACAUACAGUUGUUGAAGAUUCUCCUGCAACACCAUCCAAUCAUAUAUCUUUACAUGUACGAACUGACAAGGUUGGGGAUAACAGCCCCGCAAGGAAGAAGAAGUCUCAAUUAGCAGUAGAGAAUUCACCGACACAUUUGAGGAAUGAUUCAGAUGCCCGAAGCAGUGGGGAACAUUUACGAAAGGGCACAAAAUAUGUGAAGAGACCAAACUCAUCUGGGAGUGAUAGAAGUAAUCAUUGCCAUCAUGAGGACAGAAGCAGUAGCAAUUCUCUUCCAAGUUAUAUGCAACUUACUGAGUCUGCCAAGGCUAAGAUCAACACUAGUUCCUCUCAGAAAUCAAGUAGCAGUCCCCAUCACAAAGAUAAUCUGAUAAAGAAGAGACAUUCAUUUCCUAUUGGGAAUGAAAAGCAGAGCUUAUCCCCUCGAAUGCAUAGUCCAAAAUCUCAAACACCACAAGAUUUGAAGGGAAACGUUGUUUCUUCUGAUAUUUCUGCCGAGAGGAGAUGGCAAUUAUAAGUAGGCCUGGUGAAAACUAGUGUUGUUUCACUGAAAUAGACUGAAGUCAGUGUGUGAACAGUGAGCUAAAUAGUGGUUUUAUAUAUCUUUUUCUUAGUUUACUGUGUUUUUUUACCAGAUUUGUAUGUGUUACCCCCUACACUUAUAACCUUACA